CCUACCAGGGUCUCGCGGCGCAAAUAUGUGCGUCGAUGACGCGUCCAGUUCGUGUGCGCGCAUUUAGCAGCGCUGCUAGUGUGUGUGUUUGUGUAACAGCACAAACCGGCACCAUGAGCCUGAAUAAACAUCAGCUGAGUGAUUCUUUAUUUAUCUGGCUGCAGACGUUUCAGGUGCCGUCGUGUGCAAGCAAACAUGAGCUGACCAGUGGCGUGGCCAUCGCACAUGUGCUCAACAAAAUAGAUCCAUCCUGGUUUAAUGAAACAUGGCUCAGCAGGAUAAAAGAGGAGGGCGGCACAAACUGGAGGCUGAAGGUCAGCAACCUCAAGAAGAUUCUUCAGAGCAUGAUGGAGUAUUAUCAUGACGUGUUGAGUCAGCAGGUGUCUGAUGAGCACGUCCCUGACGUGAGUCUGAUCGGUGAGAUGGGUGACGUGACUGAACUGGGCCGUUUGCUGCAGCUGGUUCUGGGCUGUGCCGUCAGCUGUGAUCAGAAACAAGAGCACAUUCAGCAGAUCAUGACGCUGGAGGAAUCAGUGCAGCAUGUUGUGAUGACGGCCAUACAAGAGCUGCUCACUAAAGAGCCUGUGGAGGCAGGAUCUCCAGAGUCAUACGGGGACUUCGACAGUCAGUCCAGGAAGUAUUAUUUUCUGAGUGAAGAGACCGACGAAAGAGACUUCACGUCCCAGCGCUGCCGAGAGCUCCAGCAGCAGCUGUCUGUUCUGAUGGAGGAGAAGUCCUCGCUGCAGGUGGAGGUUCAGUCUCUGCGGGAGCGUCUGACGCACUGCGAGCCGUCCGACGUCUCCUCCACCAUCACCAACAAGAAGCUGCUGCUGCUGCAGAGUCAGAUGGAGCAGCUGCAGGAGGAGAACUACAGGCUAGAGAGCAGUCGAGAUGACCAGCGGGUGCGAGCAGAGGUUCUGGAGCGAGAGGUGACCGAUCUGCAGAUGAGGAACGAGGAGCUCACCAGCCUCGCUCAGGAGGCCCAGUCCCUUAAAGACGAGAUGGACAUCCUCAGGCACUCGUCGGACCGUGUGAGCCGUUUGGAGGCGAUGGUGGACACGUACAAGCGCAAGCUGGAGGAUCUGGGCGAUCUGCGCAGACAGGUGCGACUGCUGGAGGAGAGGAACCACGUCUACAUGCAGCGCACCUGCGAGCUGGAGGAGGAGCAGCGCAGAGCGAACACCAUCCGCUCGCAGCUCGACACCUACAAGAGACAGGCUCACGAGAUGAGCGCCAAACACUCGGCAGAGGCCAUGAAAGCUGAGAAGUGGCAGUUUGAGUACAAGAACCUCAACGACAAAUAUGAAACCCUUCUGAAGGAGAGAGAGAAGCUGAUAUCUGAGCGGGACACGCUGAGAGACACGACUGAAGAGCUGAGAUGUGCUCAAGUGCAGCAGCAGUGUUUAACAGAUUCUCUGAGUGGAGAUUCAGGAGCAGUUGGCAGCUUGGCGUCAGAAAUCAUGCCAACAGAGUUCAGGGAUACGGUCGUGCGUCUGCAGCAGGAGAAUAAGAUGCUGUGUGUUCAGGAGGAGUCUUACAGACACAGACUGGAGGAGCUGCAGACGCAGCUGGAGGAGUCGCAGCGCUGCCAGAACACACUGGAGACUCAGAACAGGUUGAGUCAGCAGCAGAUAUCAGAGCUGACGUCUCAGGUCGAGGAGCUGCAGAGAGCUUUACAGGAGCAGGACAGCAAAACUGAGGAUGUCAUUUCGUCGCUGUUAAAGAAGAAGCUGGAGGAGCAUCUGGUGAAGCUCCAUGAGGCUCAUUCUGACCUGCAGAAGAAGCGAGAGGUGAUCGAUGAUCUGGAGCCGCACGUGGACAGCAACAUGGCAAAGAAGAUCGAUGAGCUGCAGGAGAUCCUGAAGAAGAAGGAUGAAGAUAUGAGACGAAUGGAGGAGAGAUACAAGAGAUACGUGGACAAAGCUCGCACGGUGAUUAAGACUCUAGACCCGAAGCAGAAAAGUAACGUGGUUCCUGCUGAAGUUCAGGCCCUGAAGAACCAGCUGACAGAGAAAGACAGAAAAAUACAACAUAUGGAGCAUGAUUUUGAGAAGACGCGCUCCAGACACGACCAGGAGGAGAAGCUCAUCAUCUCGGCAUGGUACAACAUGGGAAUGGCUCUUCAUCAGAAGGUGGCUGGAGAGCGAUCCGGAUCCGGCUCUGGUUCGGCUCAGUCCUUCCUGGCCCAGCAGAGACAGUCGACACACGCGCGCCGAGGACUGGCCCGUCUGCAGCCCAGAUGAACAAACACGGAUCUUCCAUUCAGACGAUCAACACUCAAACUCAACCGGAUCUGUCCGAGGCCUAAUCGGGAUGCAGGGGUUCAUGCUUCACUUUAUUUCUCUUUCAGCACUUUCUGAUUACCCUGCUGAGAACGUAGAAACAACACGUGGAGGAUGAUUUUUAUUAUCUUUUAGAUGAUGUUUUGUUUAUUUUUAGUUGACCCGAGUGUCGGUAUGUAGUUGUGUCUUAUUUUAGUGUUAAUUAGUGCCAGAGGGUCUUAACCGGGCCGCAGGAACGAAUGAGUUUAAUGAAGUAGAUCAAUUUUGAUUCUUUUAAUGAUGUUUUGAGGGUUUUAUUAAUGUUGUUCGGUAGUUUUCUGUGUUCAUCAGGGUACGGUGCAUGUGUGAGUGCACUUAAAACACUCAGUGCCUUCUAUCAUCCAUCAUCAUCUGACAGCUGUCAAUCAUGUGUGUGACAUCUCAUCAAACCAAACUCUGAAUGCUGGGAUGCCUUUAAUACAUCGAACAAAUGAAGUGCUUUUAUUAUUAUUUUUUUUUUCAUUUAAUCAUAGUUUCAUUAUGUGUCUGAUUAAAUAUGAGCUGCUGUGUUUUGUGUGAAUGUGGAACUGGAAACGACACUAAUCGGAGAUGAACUUCUGGAGGAUUUUCUACCUGCACAUGUGGUCAUUUGCAUGUGAAAUCUGCUGCUUUACCAUUUUUAUAAUGGAUGUUUUUUUUUUUAAUUGUAACGUCACCAAAGUCUGCUGCUGAAGGACGAUCCUGUAGCUUGUAUUUAUUGAUCUUCAGUCAGUACUGUAUGUCCAGAAACACUACUGAUCUCACCCUUAUCAGUCCAAACACUGAGGUUUGUUCGCUCACGAUCUCCAGAUGUUUGUUUGUUCUUUACACUGCAGUUUUUCACUGUUUUUUGCUUUAUGAAUGUUCUGUCACAGUGAUGAUGUUCUGAUAGUUCUGUUUGUGUUUUAUCACAGUGUUCAAUCGUGCUGUUGGUGUUGGACUGAUGGGGUCGGUACAUGAAUAAAUCACUUUAAUCUCACUGUCCUUCUCUUUGCACUACAAUAAACAAGAUUAUUGGUACAAAAA